UGGAUUUGUGCCCGUCCUACCUAGACGAAAGGCUACUGGGGGUAGUAGUAGUAGUAUCGCGCAGGGAUCAACACUUUUAGCGCCUCUGUCACCUGAUACCGGUGAACCUAGUUCUCCUGGAGUAGGAACUGCAAUAAUCUCAUAA